AUGAAUAUGUUGGAUGAUGAAGAUGACCAAAGCUUUCACGCUACGCGUGACGGCUACUCCCAUUUGAGCGAUGUCGAAUGGGAUGCGGUUGAACGAAUGGGUUCGACCAUGGGCAUCCAUGCUGUUAGCGUCAUGCUAGAGGCUCUCAAUAGAGAUGCCCAACAUGCUACUAUCGCCAAGUUCAUUCAAAAUGAACUUGACGCAGAACGCGAGAAAGUAGCCUUGCUUCACCAACAAGGUUCUCAACAAGCAGAGUUGUUGAGAGAACAAGGUGCUCAACAGUUUGAACUGUUGAGACAGCAGCAGGCUGCUGCUGGCGGGUCGAUGCACUCGCGUCGGCCCGAGACUUUGAAGAUUGACAUCUCAAAGGCGCGUCGCAUCGACGACGGGGAUAUGCAAGUUGCAUUUGCUCAGUCAAAUCUGGCAGGACGUGCCAAGACUUGGGCACUGGGGCUCAAGUUGCACGACCCAUAUGCGUUUGGGUCGUUGGAAGUCUUCAAGUCGCGGCUCAGACAAACGUUUGAACCGCCUAGAGCUGAGUUCAGGGCUCGAACCGAACUCUUGAAGCUCAAGCAGGGUAAGCGUGAUGUGCACGCUUACGCUCAACAUAUACGACAUCUCACGAGUUGUAUAAGUUCCAAUCCGGUGGAUGAACACACGUUGGUUUCGGUGUUCAUGCAGGGUCUUGCGGAUGGUCCCGUCAAGACUCACCUGUUCCGGCUUGAACUAGAUUCACUAGAACAAGCCAUUUCCAUCGCGGAGCAGGAAGACUUCAGUCUGAGACAGGCUCGCGCCAGCUCGACAUCAUAUCGUCAACCGAGACGAUAUGACAACGGAGGUCCAGAGCCGAUGGAACUCUGUUAUGUAGAGAGCGAGAAGGCUCGCUCUACAGACUACAAGAAGUUGCAGAAAUGCAACAGAUGUCAAAAGACAGGACAAUACGCUUACGAGUGUAGUUCCCCUCGUCCAGUGUAUCGCAACACUGGGUGUAGUGACCGUCCACCCAUGAGAAAGGGGCAGGGACGAGGGUCCGCAGUUGGUGCAAAGACGCAACAACGGGAUGGACCGUCAAAAAACGGACAGGAUCAGUAG